AUGGUGCUGUCGGUGUAUGACUGUUGCAGGUAUGGCAUCGCGGUAUGUAGGCAGUACAGCAGCGGCAGCGCGUAUCCCAAUGUGUCCCUGUCCACACCGUUACCCGGGAUUCCCAAACCUGUCUUUGCCUCCGUGGACGGCCACGAGAAACACGAGACUAAAAUCACCACCUUAGAAAACGGACUCAAAGUUGCAUCUCAGAAUAAAUUUGGUCAAUUCUGUACAGUUGGAAUUUUAGUAAACUCAGGCUCGCGUCAUGAAGCAAAAUAUCCCAGUGGAAUUGCACACUUUUUGGAAAAGCUUUCCUUUUCUUCUACAGCCCAGUUUGGAAGUAAAGAUGAAAUUCUCCUAACACUUGAGAAACAUGGAGGCAUAUGUGACUGCCAAACAUCCAGGGACACAACAAUGUAUGCGGUUUCAGCGGAAGUUAAGGGUCUGGAUACUGUAGUGAACCUCCUGUCAGAUGCGGUUCUACAGCCUCGUUUAUUAGGCGAGCAUCUAAAACACAACUGAUUAUGUAAAGGUGUCAUAUGACAUUGCUAAAAAGAAC